CCUGCAUACAAUUUUUUGAACGAUAAUGACAUCACUGAAAUCCAGGCUGAAACUUUCAACUCAACACCACAGCUGACAAGGCUGUUCCUGUCUAACAACAAGUUAGCAGGCCUCAGAUCUGACAUGUUCACAGGGCUGGGAAACCUGGAGGAACUUUCUCUAUACAGUAAUAACAUCACUGAUAUUCAGGCUGGAACCUUCAAUCCAACACCACAACUGAUAAUUUUGUACCUGUCUAACAACAAGUUAACAAACCUCAGAUCUGACAUGUUUACGGGGCUGGGGAACUUGCGGGAUCUUUAUCUAUACAGUAAUGACAUGACUGACAUUCAGGCUGGGACCUUCAAUUCAACACCACAACUGAAAAACUUGUGGCUGUUUAAAAACACGUUAGCACACCUCAGAUCUGACAUGUUCACAGGGCUGGGAAACUUGGGGGAACUUUAUCUAACCGUUAAUCCCAUUAAUGAUAUUCAGGCUGGAACCUUCAAUUCGACACCACAACUGACAAGGCUGCACCUGAAUAACAACAAGUUAACAGGCCUCAGAUCUGACAUGUUCACAGGGCUGGGGAACUUGGACGAACUUGAGCUGCAGAAUGUUGACAUUAGUGAUGUUCAGACUGGAACUUUCAACUCAACACCACAACUGAGAAGCUUGCAUCUGCGUAAUAACAAGUUAACAACCCUCAGAACCGGCAUGUUCACAGGGCUGGGGAACUUGCAGGACCUUAGGCUUUGCAAUAAUCCCACUAUUGACAUUCAGGCUGGAACUUUCAAUUCAACAUCACAGCUGAAACAUUUGUGGCUGGAUGACAACAAGUUCACCCACCUCAGACCAGGCAUGUUCACAGGGCUGGGAAACUUGGAGAUGCUUUCGCUAAAAAAUAAUGGCAUCAGUUACAUUCAGGCUGGAACUUUCAAUUCUACACCACAACUGCGAUGGUUGUACCUGUUGAACAACUAUAUUCAAUCCAUUCCACCCAACUUACUUUCAAAUCUGUUCCAACUGCAAGUCCUUAGGUUGACCUACAACAACAUCACAAUGUUUCCAUUUGAAGAUUUGGCAAGACUUGAAAAUCUUUCUGUACUUUCUCUCGAAAAUAACCAAAUGACAACUCUUCCAUCCGUGGCCUAUGACCUACUUUCCUCCAUCUCUGAGGUAUACAUUUACAACAAUCCCUGGCAGUGUGACUGUAGGAUGGUGGGCUUUAGGUUGAAGAUGACAAGGUCUUAUUCUUAUGACGACUACAUCACUUGUUCCCAACCUGACAUCCUCUAUGGUCAGAAGCUCAUAGAUACCAGUUCUGAACAUUUGAUGUCAUCUUGUGAAGAACCAACAACUGUUUUGACCUCCCAUGCACCUACCACAGUGGCUACAAACAUCACCUAAAGCACCACUGACUCUGCUAUAACCUCCUCUGCACCUGUUUCUAUUUUCACAUCACCUUCUGUCAAAACAACGUGAACCUGCUACUUUCUCCUUACAUGUAUCUGUCCU